CCCCCAUUUACCCCCCAAGCAUCAGGGAGUCUCUGAUCCCCCAUCUCAGCCGUCAGGGAGUGUCUGCCCCUGCGGGAUGUUCUCCAGAAGGAGCCAUGCCGAUGUCAAGAAAUCUACACAGAAAGCUCUGGACCCGAAGAAGGACGUCCUGACCCGCCUCAAGCACCUCAAAGCGCUGCUGGAUAUUGUGGAUGGAACUGACCUGAAGCAAUUUUUUGAGAUCAACUAUUCUCAAAUUUAUUUUAUCUUCUAUGAAAAUUUCAUAACACUGGAAAAUAGCUUGAAACAAAAAGGGAAUAAAUCACAAAGGGAGGAGCUGGACUCCAUUCUGUUUCUUUUUGAAAAAAUAUUACAACUGCUACCUGAGAGGAUAUUUUAUCGAUGGCAUUUCCACAGUAUAGGGUCAGUUUUGAAGAAACUUUUGCACACUGGAAACUCUAUUAAGAUAAGAUGUGAAGGAAUCCGACUAUUUCUUCUUUGGCUUCAAGCACUUCAGACAAAUUCCACAGAGGAGCAAGUGUUAAUUUUUGCAUGCCUAGUGCCUGGUUUUCCAAUGAUCAUGUCAUCAAGAGGUCCCUGUACACUGGAUACGCUCAUUAGCCCUGCUCCUAAUUUGCCUGAUGCAAAGAUUUAUCCUGAAGAAAUAACUCCACUUCUGCCAGCUAUCUCUGGUGAAAAGGUUGCUGAGGACCAAACCUGCUAUUUUCUUCAGAUAUUGUUAAAGUAUAUGGUAAUCCAGGCUGCAAGCUUAGAGUGGAAGAAUAAGGAGAACCAAGACACUGGUUUUAAGUUUCUCUUCGCCUUGUUUAGAAAGUAUUAUCUUCCUCACUUGUUUCCAUCUUUUACAAAACUAACCAACCUCUACAAACCUGUGCUUGAUAUUCCUGAUUUGAGGCCAAAACCAGCAUACAUUACUGCAACUCGGAAUAAUGAAAACAUCUACAGCACGAAAAUCCCAUUCAUGGCUGCUCGUGUUGUUUUUAUUAAAUGGCUUGUAACCUUCUUUCUUGAAAAGAAGUACUUCACUUCAGUGCAGAAUACUAAAAAUGGAGGAGAAAUGCUGCCUAAAAUCAUUCAGACUGUUGGUGGUACAACCCAAGAUAAAAACCCCGAGUUGGAAACUAGUGUGCUAUCAGAGCAAGAGAGAAAUCAUUCCAAUAGCAGCACUUUGUCUGAUAGGAGACUCAGUAACUCUAGUCUUUGCAGCAUCGAAGAACAACAUCGGACAGUGUAUGAGAUGGUACAGAGAAUUCUGUUGUCCACUCGAGGUUACGUCAAUUUUGUUAAUGAAGUAUUUCGCCAAGCUUUUUUGUUGCCUUCCUCUGAUAUAUCUGCAACACGGAAAGUGGUUAAGGUAUAUAGAAAGUGGAUAUUGCAAGACAAGCCCGUGUUCAUGGAAGAACCAGAUAAACAAGAAAAUAUUCAAGAUAAUGUGUCCAACUUGGAACAUACAGAGACAGAUUGCAAACAUCUUGCCUCUGGUCAUUCUGGACAUAAAAGAUCUUCCAGUUGGGGAAGAACUUACUCCUUCUCUAAUGCUGUUAGCAGAGGAUGUAUACUAGAAGAUGAAGACAAGAAUGUUAAGGCUGGUGCUCAGGCUUCAUUACAGGUGUUUUUGACGAACUCCGCAAAUGUUUUUUUAUUGGAACCAUGUGCCGAAGUCCCUGCUCUCCUGAAGGAACAAGUUGAUGCUUGCAAAGCAGUUUUGAGUAUUUUUAGGCACAUGAUAAUGGAACUUUCAAUGAAUAAAAAGACAUGGGAACAGAUGUUACAAAUACUCCUGCGAAUAACAGAAGGUGUCAUGCAGAAGCCGAAGGAUAACCAAGUAAAGGACAUGUUUGCUCAAAGCUUGGCAGGAUUACUUUUCAGGACUCUUAUUGUGGCUUGGAUCCGAGCAAAUCUGAGUGUUUACAUUUCUCGAGAACUCUGGGAUGAGCUGCUCAGCGUACUGUCUUCCCUUACUGACUGGGAGGAGCUGAUAACUGAAUGGGCCAACAUCAUGGAUUCUCUAACGGCAGUGUUAGCAAGAAUGGUGUAUGGAGUUGAAAUGACAAACUUACCACUGGAUAAACUAAGUGAGCAAAAGGAAAAAAAACAAAGAGGCAAAGGUGGCAUCUCAGAUCCUCAAAAGGCAACUACAGUGGGACGAUCAUUUUCAUUAAGCUGGAGAAGUCAUCCUGAAGUUGUGGAACCAAUGAGAUUCAGGAGUGCUACUACCUCUGGAGCACCAGGAGUCGAGAAAGCAAGAAACAUAGUCCGACAAAGAGCAACAGAAGUUGAAGAAGCUCAGCAAUCAGAAAAUACAACAGGAGCAGAGUCUAGUGGCCUCUUUGCAGACCAGGACCAACAACUAACUCGAAGCAGUAGCACUUCAGACGUUACAGACCAAUUUAGUUCUGAUUUUUUUCAAGAUAAAAAGACUGAGAGUUCGCAGAAUUUAAAUUGUUCGGAUUCCAAAUCCAUUCAAGACAAGAAGGGAUAUAUGAAGAAAGAAAAUGAAGCCGAACAUGUUUUAAUACGAAGGAGCAGCAGUCCAGCUGAAUUAGAUUUGAAAGCAGACUUGCAGCAGUCACUUGGAAAUCAUAGAGAAAGAGAAAUGAGUGAAAGUGUUAGCAGUGACAUGUUCAUUGGCUACAAUAAUGAAGUAGAGAUUAGCCUGGUCCCCUGGCAAACAUGUGAAGAAGAACAUGAAGUUAAUAUACCAACAGAUGUUUGUGUAGAUGCAGAUGCUCGUCACUGGCUGCAGCUUAGUCCUUCCGAUGCUGCAAAUUUAACAGACAGUAGCGAGUUCCUUGCUGAUGACUGCAGUAUAAUUGCUGGUGGAAACCUCAUAGGUUGGCAUCCUGAUUCAGCUGCUGUGUUAUGGAGAAGGAUCUUGGGAAUUCUUGGAGAUGUGAACAAUAUCCAAUCUCCUAAAAUUCAUGCCAAAGUUUUUGGGUAUCUCUAUGAACUAUGGUACAAACUGGCAAAGAUAAGGGACAAUCUUGCUAUAAGUUUGGACAACCAGUCUACACCUUCUCCUCCUGUUUUAAUUCCACCUGUCAGAAUAUUUGCAUCAUGGUUGUUUAAGGCAACAACCUUACCAAAUGAAUAUAAAGAAGGCAAACUUCAAGCAUACAGGUUGAUCUGUGCUAUGAUGACUAGGCGCCAAGAUGUUUUGCCAAAUUCUGAUUUCCUAGUGCAUUUUUAUCUCGUGAUGCACAUUGGCUUAACUAGUGAAGAUCAGGAUAUUUUAAAUACCGUCAUAAAACACUGCCCAUCUUGCUUUUUCUUCUUGGGUUUACCUGGUUUUACAAUGCUGAUAGGAGACUUCAUCACAGCUGCAGCCAGAGUCCUUAGUACAGACAUGUUGGAGGCCCCUCGCUCAGAAGCUCAUACCAUUCUUGGUUCUCUUGUUUGCUUUCCAAAUAUCUACCAAGAAAUCCCUCUAUUACAACCCAUCCCUGAAGCUGAUGAAAUCAUCACAGGAGCUGCAGAUGUCAAAUGUUACCUCAUAAAUAUUCUAUUGAAGAAUGCCACAGAUGAGCCCAGUGAAGCUGCAAGGUGCAUAGCUGUUUGCUGCCUUGGAGUUUGGAUAUGUGAAGAACUAGUACAGUGCACAAACCAUCCUCAAGUGAAGGAUGCAAUAAAUGUUAUAGGUGUAACACUAAAGUUUUCUAAUAAACUGGUAGCUCAGAUAGCCUGUGAUGUUCUUCAACUGCUAGUUUCUUAUUGGGAAAAGCUUCAGAAGUAUGAAUCCUCUCUAUCCAGGAAAAUUACUGAAAUUCUCGUGGCCACCAUUGCAUUUCUUUUGCCAAGUGCUGAAUACUCCUCUGUAGAAACAGAUAAAAAGUUUAUAGUUUCAUUAUUACUUUGCUUGUUGGAUUGGUGCAUGGCACUACCAAUGAAAACCUUACUAGAGCCAGUGUCUACUGUUCUGGAAGAUCAACAUUCCUCCAAAGCUCCCUUACUGGAUUACAUAUAUAGGGUGUUGCACUGUUGUGUUUACGGCUCAAGCACAUACACGCAACAAAGCCAUUACAUAUUGAGCCUUGCAGAUCUCUCAUCUAAUGACUAUGAUCCAUUUUUGCCAUUGGGAAAUGUCAAGAAUUCUGAGCCAGCACAUUCCUAUUCCACCCCAGAUUUGGGAAAUCUACUCACUGUUGUUGAGGAAAAAAGAAGAAGAAGCUUGGAAUUAAUACCUCUAACUGCACGGAUGGUUAUGACACAUCUAGUAAACCACUUAAGUCACUAUCCCCUCAGUGGAGGACCUGCUAUUCUUCACAGCCUUAUUAGUGAGAAUCAUGACAACUUUUAUGUGGAAUCUUCUGAGCUGUCUUCAGAAGUCUUCAGAAGUCCAAACUUGCAGUUAUUUGUAUUUAAUGACAGUACUCUUAUAUCUUACCUUCAAAUUCCUGCAGAAACGACUGUGGAUACUGAGCCAGCAGGAGCCCUCUCAGAUGUAAGAGUAAUUGUCAGAGAUAUCUCAGGGAAAUAUUCUUGGGAUGGCACGAUAUUAUACGGACCUUUGGAAGGCUGUCUAGCAGGUCAGACUGGAAAUAAUUCAUUUAUGGUUUCGGGCAGUCAUGAAGGGCAAUUUGAGGCCCAGACAGACUUUUCUCAAACAGAAGAAGGAGAGGAUGCUCUUGACGAAUUGCUAGAAAAGAUUGGAAACACUAGUCCUGAAUGCCUUUUACAUCCACAGCUAAAAUUAAAUGAGCCAUCACCACCACCAUUUGGUAUGAGCCAUGAUCAAGAGAAUGAGAUCAUAGAAGCCAUAAUAAGGCAGAGUGCCCAAGAAAAAGAGCAUGUACAUAAAUGCAGCUCUGAUUUUGAUAUGAAAGUAGCCAGUGAAGAAGAACCAAGUUCUGCUGAACCACAAGCACCAUUUUAUUUCUGUAGGCUUUUGCUGAACGACUUAGGAAUGAAUUCUUGGGAUAGAAGAAAAAGCUUUCAUCUACUUAAGAAAAAUUCUAAAUUAUUGAGAGAGUUGAAAAAUCUGGACUCCCGGCAAUGCCGUGAAACUCACAAGAUUGCAGUGUUUUACAUUGCAGAAGGACAAGAGGACAAAUGCUCAAUAUUGUCCAAUGCAAGAGGAAGCCAAGCAUAUGAAGAUUUUGUUGCUGGAUUGGGCUGGGAGGUUGAUCUUUCAACACAUUGUGGAUUUAUGGGUGGUCUGCAACGUAAUGGCAGCACAGGACAAACAGCACCAUAUUAUGCUACCUCUACUGUGGAAGUCAUUUUUCAUGUGUCCACAAGAAUGCCGUCAGAUUCAGAUGAUUCACUGACCAAAAAGCUUCGUCACUUGGGAAAUGAUGAGGUUCACAUCGUCUGGUCUGAGCACACCAGGAACUACCGCAGGGGUAUUAUACCAACAGAUUUUGGAGAUGUUUUAAUUAUUAUUUAUCCAAUGAAGAAUCACAUGUUUUUCGUGGAGAUAAUGAAGAAACCAGAGGUCCCAUUUUUUGGUCCUCUUUUUGAUGGAGCAAUAGUGACUGCAAAACUGCUGCCAAGCCUUAUAUGUGCCACGUGCAUUAAUGCCAGCAGAGCUGUGAAAUCUCUCAUACCCCUCUACCAGAGCUUUUAUGAGGAAAGAGCUCUAUAUCUUGAAGCAAUAAUCCAGAAUCACAAAGAAGUAAUGACAUUUGAGGAUUUUGCAGCUCAGGUCUUUUCUCCCUCUCCUAGCUACUCUCUCAGUGGAACUGGCUGUCUCGCUAUGAGUGCGAGUGCUGAUCUUACCGUAACCACAGGAAUACAGUUAGCAGAGCAGACCUCUCCAACACUACCCCCUGCCACGAAAACCUCGUCGCUCUGCUAGUGCUCUCAGCAAAUCUUCAGAUUAAAGCACUUUGGAAGGGGAAGCCCAUUCGAGGGAAUCUGAAAAACAAAACCAGAAUAAAAUCAUUUACUGUAUCAAUAGAACAUUGCUACGUGCUUUGGAUGAGCACAUAAGGAAGUAACUUCCCUUAUGUUGCAAAACUUAAAUUAUUGAUGGACAGCUAUCACUUGAUUUACCCAUCAUGCAUUACACAUGAUUAUUGUUGUCACCGAAAUAACUAUGUCAAAACUGGAUCUUUUUCAAUGUGUGAAGCAUUUAACUGAUGUGGGGUAACUCACUUAUUUUCCCUUAAAAUCUGUAGAUGCAAGUACAGCUGUCACAGGAAGGGGAUGCAAAGCAAGUAUUGAAACCAGUUAUUUAAUUUACUUUCAUUGUGUUGAUCGUUUAAUCAUUCCAAUUAUAGUUUAACACUUGUGUGUAUAUUAGCAAAUUUUGUCUAAAUGGAAAACAAGUUUUCAUUUAAUUAAACAUGUGUUGGACUUUUUCUCUUACGUGUGGGUGAAUGACUUGGGUGCUUUUCAGUAUGUCAUCAAGUGCUCCCUUCCUUUUCUGUUUUGAAUUGAUACCCCAGUACAGUUUUUGUGCAUAAAAAACGUAAGUAUCAAAUAGCUGGUUUAGGUAAUUUAUUUGUAAUCUAGGAAAGUGCUGCCAAUUGCAUAAAUCACCAAGACCUGGAUUAAAGUCACUUAGCUUAAUCUUCCCCUUUUAUUCAAGGGUGCAUGUCCCCAUACAUUUACUAAAAUCCUGAAAUUCAGCUUGCGCUGACCCUCGCAGGAUUGGACCCUUUGUGGGAUGCUGCAUAUUAACAUACCAGAGAGCAGACUUAAGACCCCUGCAGUCUCUCUCUUAGUGUUUGUUAUAACCAUCACAUGCCAAUGCUGCUAAACAUAAGGGUUUGCAGUUUUGGCAUUAUUGGUAUCUAUUAACAAAGAUUCAUACUUAUACCAUAACAUGUAAUACAGGUUAGAUGUUAACGUGUACAAUUUGGUUCAAACCAUUUAAUUUAUAUCUGUCCAUUUAUUUUUUUAUAGAAAUCUUCUUUUGCAGCACUAUCUUGGACAUAGGGUCAUUUUGUCAUAUGAAAUGUUGCAUGUGAUUAAUGCAUAAUGUGAGCUAAUCACCUUUUUUCUGUUUGUGUGGAAAAAUAAAAUGCCCAGUGAUUUCAUUUAGAAAAGCGAAUAUUGCACAUUUGCAAUAACUACUUUUCACCCAGAUUUGUAUAACUGGGAGCCAGUUCACAUCCUGGGUAGCCACACUGACAUAGUACAUCAACACGGCAAUAAUCUGCAAAUUAAAGUAUCCCUAAUUAGUCCUAGAUGUUGUAAUAACCUUCCAAGGACACAUUACAUUGUGUUCUUUUGGUGAUCUGCAUAUUGUGCAAAUGUUUUGGAUAUAAAAAAAAAUCAGUACAGUUUCAGUGAAUAGUGGGUUUGAGGAAUUAAGGGGAAUGUUUUGUACUUUUAGAAAAUUAAUAUUACCAUAAAAGCAAGGAAAAUAAGAGACACAUACUGUAACCACUUAAACACUUAAUAGAAGGUAGGGAAUUUAGAUUUAAGGCUGAAAUUCUAUCAUCCAUUAUGACUCUGUAUUGCAAAGGUCUCUAAACAGAUGUUGAUUUUCCAUAUAAUAAUGCUGUAAUACCUAGGAACAACAGGGUAUGAAAUGGGUGGAGUUUCAAAACUGAAUUUCCUGACCCUUUUUUUGUUUGGUGGAGGGACAGGGAGUAGUUGUCAGACACCUAAUGUUACCAUAAGUUUGUUUUUUGACAUUUUGGCUACUAGUGUUAGUAUAUAUGCCUGAUUUUUGUAUCAUACCCCUGUAACCUUCCUAAUCUUCCUCAGGUCUAGUUAACAUAGUCUCUGUUUGUUUGUGUUUGUUAAGCUGGAUGCACACCUGAAAAACUUAAUGUGACUUCUUACCUGAACUGAAGGGGAGCUACUUUAAGUGAAGCUAAAUGCACCAAUGGGUAGCCAUUAUUAUUUGGACUUUUUGUUGUUGCACUCAGUUUCUGUGUAUACAUUAAGUGAAUGUUUAUUUUCACGUUGACAGUGAUCUGUGCUUAUUCUCUGUAAAUAAUGAAUGCUAUUUGAUAAAUCUUUACAGUAAUAUUAAGUUAUAGCUUGGCAUUUUGUUACUGACUUUAUGUAAUAGUUUAUUUGGUUCUAGUGGCAACCAAUUUACCAGGAAAAAUUAAAAUUGGAUGCACUCAUUAUCCAGAGCAGAAACUAGAAAUUGUUGCUUGUGUUGUUAGUACAUAGACUACACUAGCUAGCAUGUACAGGUAAAUGCAGCCAGCCUCCUGGCACAGGGCAUAAUUAAUUGCUAACAUUUCAGACUGCCAUUUGACUUUCUGUUCAAAUCUUGUUCUUUGCGUCUUCCUGAUUGUUUGUCUAUAAAGUUACAAAAAAAUGUG